CAGCUCGUUGUGAUGAAUUAGAAGCACUUCAUGAAACUGCGCAUAAAGAAUUACGAGCUUCUUUAUCAAAAUAUAAAGAAACUGUAAGAUAUGCUCAAGGAACUUUAUCUAAAAAUAAUUCAGCUAAAGGAUUAGAAAAUAAAUUAAAAUCGGUAGAAAGUACGACGGUGAAAUCACAAGAACAACUUGUUGAUAUAAAAAAUAGAUUAAGUCAAGUUGAAUCGGAUUAUCAAACAGCUGUAGAAUGUACUACAAAUGCGGAACAAGUAUUAAAUCAAAUGAGGGAAGAAUUAAUACAAAGUAAAUUAGAAAUGGAAAAAUUAAAUGAAAAAUUAAUUAAUGUUGGAAGUCAUAAUGAAACAUUAGAAAAUAGACUUAAAGAAUUACAAAAUUCGAUGAAUUCUCACUCUAAUAUUAGAAAUUCCAUAUUACAAGAAUAUGCGGAUCAACAAUUGGGAGAACAACAAAUGUAUUAUGAGCAAGAGAAAGAAUUUCUUCAUCAAAAAAUCCAGGAUUUAGAGACCAAAAUUAAUCUUGCACAAGAUGAAAAAAGUUUAAUGGAUCAAGGUUAUGAAGCUUUGAGGAGAAUUUACGAAUCUUUGAGAAAACAAAAUGAAAUAUUGAAAAAAUCGAAUGAAAUGUUAUUAAAACGAACUUUAGAAACAGGACCGAAAGAAGAUAAUUUAAAAAAUGAAUUAAUAAAAAAAGCGGUCGAAGUUAAACAGGAAGAAAAAGAAGAAAAAUUAGUGGAAGAAAAUUUGU